AUGAGGUUGAAAAUAAAGCAAGUACAGCCAAGUCCUGAAGCUGUUGCCGGGGGCAAUGUUACUCCUGCUGCUACUUCUGAUCAAGAAGAAGUCCCUUUAACCGCGAUUGUCAAGGAGGAACAAGAACAGGGCUUUGUUGAAGGAGUUUGGUUAAUGGCUGAACAAGCCCAUAUUGAGGAGGCUACGGCCAACCCUGAUAAUAAUAACCCACCUGAAUUGUCACCAACCGCUCCUUCCGAUCCCCAGCCACUGGGCAAGAGGAAGAGGAAGCCUAAGGAACGUAUGGACGAGAUUUCCCCAGUUAUUUUCAGGAGGAAGAAGAAGCCUUCUUCUGCUUCUAAAUCCGACCAGGCAACAACUGAUGGUGCCAAAAAAAAUCCCAGUAAAAGGGAAAAGGCUGGAGAUGAUGGACCAGGAACUCCUGUUAUAAAACCACCAACCUUGAUCCGAGCAGAGGAAGUUCAAGCAAGCUUAGGAAAUGAGCACCCUAGCUUUCUAAAAUUGUUAGUUAGAUCGCAUGUUGCGAGUUGUUUUUGGAUGGGCCUUCCUGUGCCAUUCUGCAAAGCUCAUCUACCAAGAAAGGACUGUACAAUGGUUCUUGAAAAUGAAAGUGGGGAACAGUUUGAGAUAAAAUACAUUUCAGAAAAGACAGGACUUAGUGCAGGAUGGAGAAAGUUCGUUGCUGCUCACAAGCUGGUUGAAGGAGAUGUCUUGAUCUUCCAGUUAGUUGAGCCUACCACAUUCAAGGUGUUAGUGAUAAGGGCUAACGAUUUAAGCGAGGUUGAUGGUGCUCUUAGCCUUCUAAAUUUGGAGAUAGUUACGAAACAAGCUGAUGCAAAUGGUGAAGGGGAGGGAUCUGGGGAUCCUAAAAACAAGAAAAAGAAACGUCCAAAGUCUCUUCCUCUGACUAUGGUGCAAAAGAAGAAACAGAAGGCUGGCAUGUCAGGCACACUAGUGGCCCAUUCAGGUUCAUUGGAGGAACAUUCUGGAAACGUCAGUGAUGAGGUUGCCUCAGAAGUUUUAGAGGGUGCCAAAUCGUCAGCAGCUGGAAUUCGUUUUAGCGACAUUAAAAGCUUCGAGGAUUUCCGCAUAAUGGUGAAUGGGGUAUGCAUAGAUUCUGAACUUCCCGAGCAAGUAAGAAGAAAGUAUUAUGACCUCUGCUGCAGCAAAAAUGCAUUCCUUCACGAGCGUUUUCUCUGUGGUCUUCACUGCAAGUUGGCUGCUGGUAUGAUUUUUGAAGCUGUCAGCACUGCAGAUGCCAUAAAAGCUUGUAAAGUCACGACCUCGAGGAAUGAGUUCGAGAAAUGGGAGAAGUCUUUGAAGUCCUUUGAACUUCUGGGCAUGAAUGUUGGGUUUUUAAGAGCACGUCUGAGUAGGCUGCUUAGUCUUGCAUUUGACUUUGAGGGGGCUGUGGAGACAAAAAAAUUCUGGGAGGCAAAAAGCGAACGUGAGACCACUGAAGAUCAAAUAAACAAGCUUGAAGCCAAGCUCGAAGAAUUAAGAGGAUUGGCUGAGAAACAAGAUGCUGAUAUAGAGGCGCUGAGGUCAAUGGCUGAGAAUUAUGAGCUGAUGUUCCAGGAAGAAGUGGAUGCUCCGUGGUAA